AAAUUCUGAAAAAAAUAAAUUUGUAAAAACAAUUAUUUUCGCUCAUUUUGUCAUAAGUAAUGUCCAACAGGCAACAGUAAACAUCUGCAACUGUUGAAAAUUACUCUGUUAAUUAUAAAUAUAAAUGCUGUACUGCAGGCCGUUUGUGUGCUCUCGUCGCAUCCAGUUUCCGAAGUUUAUCUUUUUCUGAAAAUCUGAUCGCCAGAUGCUUGACGUUGACCACCUGACUUAUUUUUAAUAGUUAACGUCUUCGCUUAAUGAGCUUUGUGUCGUGCAAAAUUUGAAUGGAAGAUCGCCAGUGAACAUCUGUGUAACCGAAGAGCUGCGCAGUGCGUAUCUCCUGGAAUGAUAUUGGUGUAACGGUGUUAUGCGCACUUCUGCGAAGAUCAAGUUGAAAACCUGAUCCAGAAGAUGUCAAAUAUACAGAGUUUCUACGAUAGAAAAUGUGUUCUGAUAACUGGAGGAAGUGGAUUCCUGGGAAAGAUAUUGACGUACCGACUUUUGGUCAGUUGUCCGCAUAUCCAACGAGUGUAUCUGCUCAUUCGUCCCACUCAGAAGCACAGUGCCCAAGAACGUCUUGCAAGCAUCCUUAACAGCUCCAUUUUUCAAAAUGUUGGACCAGAGCGGUAUGAGAAAGUCUUAGCAGUGUCCGGUGAUUUGAUCGGCCAGGAUUUAGGCAUCCGACAGGAAGAUCUGGAGCUAAUUUACCAGACCGUUGCCGUUGUUUUUCAUACUGCGGCUACGGUGAAAUUCGAUGAGCCUCUGAAAACGUCGGUGGAGGUCAACGUUUGCGGAACAGCGAAGCUGCUGCAGUUGUGCCGACACAUGAAGCAGCUGCGAGCUUUCAUUCAUGUAAGCACGGCUUAUUCUAACUGUCACAAGAAGAAGAUAGAGGAGUUAGUUUACGAUCCCGUGGUCGAGCCUGAUCAGCUUAUUGAAGCCUUCCAAUGGAUGAAUGGGGAGAUGAUUUAUUCCGUUACGUCUUCCCUAAUUCCGCCUUGGCCAAAUACGUACACAUAUACCAAAGCGCUGGCGGAAGCCGUCAUUGUUAGAGCGAACGCCAGUUUUCCAGUGGGGAUCGUGCGCCCCUCAAUUAUCGGGUCUGCGUUAAACCAUCCUUGUGCUGGGUAUAUCGACAACUUUAACGGGCCCAGCGGACUAUUGGCUGCGAUUGGAAAAGGUGCUCUUCGAACUAUGUUGGGUGAUAUCUACGCAGUGGCGGAUAUUGUUCCCGUUGAUUUGGUAGCUGAUCUGUUGAUUACUGCAGCAUGGCAUCUGGCCUGCAGUCAAAAUUCGGAAGUGGUGCCUGUAUUUAAUUUUGUUUCUGGACCAGUGAAUCCGAUGACAUGGGGGUUUGUGCAAACCAGUACGCUAUCGUACUAUCUGAAGAAUCCUGUAGAAAAAUUAUAUCGUGUUCCCAGCGCGCAGUUCACCCAAAGCAGGCUCAUUCAUGAGUUCUGGAGGUGGACCGAUCACCUUAUACCCGCUUAUAUAAUAGAUGGGAUCAGCAAAAUGCAGUCCAAAAAUUCUAGUGUUGUGAAGUCUUACGAGAAGCUGCACAGAGCAACGGCUUGCCUGGAUUUUUUUACGCAACAGAGUUGGGAAUUUGAAAGCAAAAAUGUUAUUGCUUUGUGGAAAUCCCUCGACCAGCGCGACCGGCAGAUAGUAAAUUUUGAUGUCAGUGCAAUUAACUGGAAGCUUUACAUGGAAAAGUUCUGUAUGGGCGUGAAAGUGUUCCUCCUGCACGAAGAACUGCAGAAUUUGCCAGAAGCGAGACGAAAUUUGAGCAGGCGGAAAAACAUUGCCCACGCUGUUACGACGGUGCUGUGCAUUUUGUUCUGGAUUGUCAUCGGUAAAAAUUUUCGCCUUAUUCGCAGUUCCUGGGUAGCUACGUUAUCCAUUGCCUUUCGUCUGUUUAUGCUUCUUUCCAAGAUUAAUACAACCAAAGAUUGAAUUCGCUAGAAAUUACUUUGUGGAUCGUAAACGUAAUUUAAUAACUGAUCGUGUUGACCGGCUGAUGUUAUGGCGAAAACUUGUUUCAUUUUGUUCUGUGGUUUUACUUUGCUUUUAAAUAUUUGUAACAACAGUGUUGUACACAAUAAAACAUUUAC